GGCGAAAAAAAAACAAGAGAGAGAAAGAGAGAGAUAGAGAAAAAAGUUGGGUCUUAUUUGGUUUACAUUUCGCGGUAUUGUGUGUUUUUUGCCAAUUGCCGAAAAUUUUCUGGUCUCCUCGGUGUGUGGUGACGAUUCUGUCGCUGCCUCUCUAAUCUCUCCUGUUUGGAGGAUUCAUCAAAAUUGUUUCUUUUAAGCUCUGCGUUGGUACUUAUCCAUCUCUACUGUUUCCGAAUGCCAUUGUUUUCUUCUCUUCCAUGGAUGAGCUAAAUCACAACGUUUGAUCUCUCAUUUUUCUCUUUCUUCCCGUGCUUUCGUUUCUGUUUGUCCUUGUACUGUGAUCCGUAGAGUUAUCAGGAGCAUAUCUCGCACUGUUCUUUGCUAAAGCUGUUGUCUUUUUGAUUGAUUGGGAUUCGGGAGCUGCUUCUCUUGCGCCGGAAGUAAAUAACAGCGUCUCAGUUCUGUUUCCUCCGUUCUCGCCCUUUUUCCUUUUUAUUUAAUUUGUUGGUCGGUGGCAUUAGUGAAUUGAUUUAAGAGCAAAGAUGCAGUCUUUUUCUAUUUUUAUUCGGAUCUCUCAUGCCUUUUCUCGCCUUGAUUUGGUUGUCAAGCGAUUCUAUAACGCAAGAUGAUGGCUUUGGAGUCACGGAAGAUCUUACUCCUGGUUCCUGAAACCUAGGGUUCUUGAUCUUUCCAAUUUUUAGAGAAGUUUCUUCAUCUUGGUUCUCUUAAGGUCUUCCCCCUUGGUAGCCUUUUGCAUCUCGAUUUCGAGUUCAUGGUUGCUAGAUUUCGGUUUCCCAGGUGGCCAAUGUUACAAUGUGGAGAGGAGACCCUUUCUUUUUGUGAUCAUUCAAUCAUAUCUUGAUCUGGAUGGCAGAUUGCAGUGAAUUCAGAGCCUGGGAGGAGCUGAUUCCUGAUGCUCUAGGGCUAAUCUUCCGCAACCUCCCAUUGCAGGAGAUUUUGACUGUGGUGCCCAGGGUAUGCAAAUCUUGGUACAGGGCGGUAUCAGGGCCUUACUGCUGGCAAGAGAUCGACAUCGAGGAAUGGAGCCAGCGGUGCAAACCGGAACAGUUGGAUCAAAUGCUUCAGAUGCUUAUUACUCGAAGUGGUGGUUCCUUCCGCAGGCUUAGUGUCUCUGGGCUUCUUACUGAAUCUAUGUUUACCUUCAUUUCUGAAAAUGCUGGUUCCCUUCAGAGAUUGGAGUUGCCAAGGAGUGAAAUAAGUGAUUCAAUAGUAGAACGAGUCGCACCGAGGUUUUCGAAUAUCACUUUCUUAGAUGUGAGCUACUGCAGAAAGAUAAGUGCUCAUGCCCUAGAAACUUUUGGAAAGAAUUGCAAGUUCCUCGUUGGGCUUCGGCGUAGGAUGCAUCCACUAGAGGUGGCAGACAAAGUCUGCCAAGACGAAGAGGCCUACGCCAUCGCAAAUACAAUGCCCAAGCUGCAUCGACUGGAGUUGGCCUACCUGCUCUUGACUACCAGAGGUGUCCUUGAGAUCCUCUCCCGGUGCAGGGAUCUUGAGUACUUGGACCUGAGAGGUUGUUGGGAUGUCAAGCUUGAUGAGAAAUACAUAAAGCAAUGGCAUCCUGGAUUGAAGGUGUUGGGACCGCACGUCGUGGACUGCUACGAGCGGAGCUUCUGGGAAGAUUGCUCAGACUACUCCGAUUCUUCUGUAUACUCCUGGGAUUUCAUGGAUGACAGAGUCGAUAUAUAUGAUGGAGGAAGUGAUGAUGAUGGUAUUUGGGAUGAUGAUCAAGGACUAGAAGGUUUGGAAGUUCGGUUCUACGGAGGUGGUUUUAAUGAUGCAUUUGCUGCAUUUGAAUGGCCUCCAUCUCCCUGACUUGUUGGUUCUCGCUCGAAGAAACUUGAUGCUACUACUUAAGUUACUUCUCUUCCAGAGCUUUUUAGAACCACUAAAAUCUACUCUAAGAUCCUGAUCUAUAUGUCAAUGCUUUGAAGUUUCUGGUUGGCAUUUAUGUGGAGAUCAAUCUCUAAUGUUUAAACGAGGAAAUGAAUAUGUCGGAUCUCUUGUACUGUUCAAUGAAAAUGCUCAUAAAUAUAUGUUUGUACUGAUGUCAAGCUGAUAAAAGUAUCGAGGCCUCUCCAACCAUUGCAGCAAAAUUUUGGAUUCUGCGCUUUGUUGUUCCAAAAUAUGAUAUGAAUGAGAGAAUACUCACUUUAUUCUGUAUCACUUUGCUCAAUGAAUUAGCUUGUGCUGCACAAGAACUAAUCCUAUUUCCAUGAUAGCUAUGCAUUAAUAAUGCUGGUUCUUCAGUAUCUUGAUAGUGAUGUACCUUUAUUUUCUUCAAGGAUUCUGAGUUGGCCUUGA